GAGCAACAAUCGCGAAGCACGCUACCCCUCAUACCCCGGACUUCAGAAAUGCGGAGAAGGGUGGCCCCGUCGGAUCCGAGCGCUGGGUGUCGCGUGCUCAUGCUCCCCCUGUCGCGUGACCAUCGAGGUCUCGUGCAACGUCUAAGGUCGAGCUCGACAUCAGCCCCUCCUGGAGCUUCCUUGAUGAUCAGGCCUUUGUAUCAACCCAUUGCAAGGAGCUCGAUCUUCAUCUUCGUCAUACAGAAGUGACCACAAUGGCAGCUGAAGUGCAAGAACACACCAGUGCCGAUCUUAGUAAGGUCGACUCGGCCAUUGAUGAUGCUCCGGCAUCACCCACGGAGAGCAAGAUCAAGCAUCGGCGUACGAGCAGUACCGUCAGCGGCGUCUUCAACAUCAAUGAUCUCGAGAAGGAGAACGUCGAGCUGAAGAUUGCCCCGGAGACACAGAAGCUCAACUGGAAGAUUAACAGCUCACCGUCAACGAUUGAAGAUAAGGAAGUUUUGAAGAAGCUCCUCACCACUCCGCCCAUCAAGAAGAUCGAUCUCCACUUCCCGCUCGGCCUUGAGGUCACGGCACGAAACUUGAAAGGUGUCACCAUCAAGGAUGCCUGCGAUGCCAUCUAUAAGGCGUACAAGAAGCGGGCCGAUGAUGAGCUCGAGGCGCCUUACCUUGCAGGAUUCGAAUGGGAUCGUGAGGAGUGUUACACGAGAUUUAUCGUGCACCAGAAAAAGACGGGUGACGUGGUGUCAAGCGGCAGCAGCAAGAAGAAGAAGGCCAAAGGUGGUGAGGAGGAAUAGGCCAGGUUCCGUAGCACUGUGCGCUGUGAUUCGUAGUCAACGGCUACCACUC